CUACCCUUCCCUUCUUUUUGUGUGUUGUUUUCCUCUCCUAGAGAGGAGAUCGAUUUUUCUUUUUUUCUUCUCCCUUUGUUUUUAGGAAAAAUCUUAAUCGACCUAUAGAAAACCCUAAUCUCUCUAUCUUCAAUCUUUUUUUUUCUCUAAUUCAGUUUCAAAUAUGUUUUGAUGCAGUCUCCGAUCCCUUGGUUUGAGUUUCGGUUUUGAUUUUCUUUUGGAAUUUAGAAAGUAGCUUUUUGCUUCUUGUUUGUGUUUGGUGGUUUCAAGACAUGGAUUUGGAAGCUAGCUGUAAGGAGAAACUUUCAUCUUUUAGGAUAAAAGAGCUAAAGGAUGUGCUCACACAGCUGGGACUUUCGAAACAGGGGAAGAAACAGGAUCUUGUCGAGCGGAUAAUGGCACUUCUUUCUGAUGGACAAGCUGUCAGGUUGUUGUCUAAAAAGAAUGCUGUGGCGAGGGAAGAAGUUGCUAAACUUGUGGAUGAUACGUAUAGGAAAAUGCAAGUGUCUGGGGCAAGUGAUUUAGCAUCAAAAGGACAAGUAAGUUCAGAUACCAUUAAUCUGAAAGUCAAGGGGGAGCCUGAAGAUUCUUAUCGCCGAGAAGUUAAAGUUCGAUGUGUUUGUGGAAGUUCACUGGAGACUGACUCAAUGAUACAGUGUGAGGAUCCAAGAUGCCGUGUUUGGGAGCAUGUCGGCUGUGUUAUUAUCCCGGAAAAGUCUAUGGAUGGAAAUCCGCCACUUCCUGAAACAUUCUAUUGUGAAGUUUGUCGACUUACGCGAUCUGACCCGUUUUGGGUUACAGUGGCACAUCCACUUUAUCCAGUGAGGUUGACUCCAGCGACCAUCUCAUCUGAUGGUACAAACACAAUGCAGAGUGUUGAAAGAACAUUUCAAAUCACAAGGGCGGACAAGGACUUGUUGGCCAAACCAGAGUACGAUGUGCAGGCUUGGUGUAUGCUUUUGAAUGACAAAGUUCUCUUUAGGAUACAGUGGCCUCUGUAUGCUGAACUGCAGAUCAAUGGUACACCUGUACGCGCAAUUAACCGACCUGGGGCACAGCAAUUGGGGGUAAACGGCCGCGACGAUGGACCCACUAUCAAACCUUAUAUUAGGGAUGGAAUUAACAGAAUAACCUUGAGUGGAGGUGACACUCGGAGAUUUUGCUUUGGAGUUAGACUUGUGAAGCGCAGGACUCUACAACAGGUUCUAAAUUUGAUUCCAGAAGAGACUAAAGGGGAAACGUUUGAAAAUGCUCUAGCACGUGUACGACAUUUCAUCGGAGGUGGGGGUGGAGAUGAUAAUGCGGACAGUGAUAGUGACAUUGAAGUUGUCGCUGAUUUCUUCGGUUUCAACCUCCGGUGUCCUCUGAGCGGGUCUAGGAUAAAAGUUGCUGGGAGAUUCUCACCCUGUGUGCACAUGCGCGGGUUUGACCUUGAGGUGUUUGUGGAAUUGAAUCAACGUUCCAGAAAGUGGCAGUGCCCUCAUUGUCUGAAGAACUACUCAGUUGAACAUGUAAUCGUGGAUCCGUAUGUUAACCGUAUCACAGCUAAGAUGCUUCAUUGUGAUGAAGAGGUGACUGAUAUUGAAAUAAAACCUGAUGGUUCUUGGCGUGUUAAGUCCAAAAAAGAUAGUGAGCGUAGGGCAUUGGGGCAACUUGCACAGUGGCACUUACCCGAUGGUAGCCUUUGCCCCUCUGCUGAUGAGGUUAAGCGGAAGAUGGAAAUGAUGAUUCCGGUUAAACAAGAAGGCUUCUCUGAUGGUCCAACUCCUCUGAAACUUGGCAUAAGGAAGAAUCGUAAUGGCGUUUGGGAAGUUAGGAAACCUAAUACAAAUGGACUUUCUUCCAGUAAUAGGAUUGAAAAGGUUGGGUAUCAGGACAAGAGUAGUAGUGCUACUGGAAGUGGUCGGAAUGGCGAUGAUGCAAGUGUAAGCCAGGAUGCUAUUGGAUCUUUUGACUUUGGAACCAAUGGCAUCGAGCUUGAUUCCGUCUCUAUGAAUGUGGAUUCAGGUUAUAACAUUCCUGAUAGAAACCAAACUGGAGAGGAUAUAAACAAUGCAGUUAUUGUUCUAAGUGAUUCUGAUGAAGAGAACGAUGUAGUAAUCACUCCCGGACCUGUAUACAGUGGUUCCCGAACCGAUGGUGGUGGGGUAAAUUUUCCAUUGAACCCUUCCGGUAUCAUUAACUCAUAUAAUGAGGACUCGCACACCAUGGCUGAGGGAAGUUCACGGUUGGGUGUUUUCAAUGAUGAUGAUGAUUUUGUUACGCCCCUUUGGUCAUUUCCUUCUGAAACUCCUGAAGCCCCUGGUUUUCCUCUAUUUGCAUCUGAUGCUGACGUUUCAGAAGGUUUACUUGGUUUGCAUCAUCAUGGUCCCGGUCCACUGAACUGUGCUCCUGAAAUAAAUGGAGAUUACACCAUGGCUCCUCCUGAGACAUCUGAAGUAGCUGCGAACGAUGGCCUAGUUGACAAUCCUCUUGCAUUUGGUAGAGACGAUCCUUCUCUUCAAAUAUUUUUGCCAACGAAACCAGAUGCUUCAUCUCAGUCUGGUUUUUUAAACCAAGCUGAUAUGUCAAAUGGUAUCCGCAGUGAUGACUGGAUCUCGCUUAGGCUAGGUGAUAGCGCUGGUGGGAGUCAUGGAGAGGCCAACUCAAGCCAGCAUAUGUCGACAAGAGAAGGUUCUUUGGAUACUACGUCAGAGACUGCUUCGUUGCUUUUGGGUAUGAAUGACAACAAGGCAAAGAGGCAAAGAUCAGAUAAGCCAUUUUCAUUUCCUCGCCAGAAGCGUUCUAACAAUCAACAGACAGCAUACCGGAGUUAGCCAAGAUUUGCCUUGAUUCUCUGUGCAGACAAGAAUCGAACCGGUAGUGACUAUUCAAUUCUUUAUAUUGCUGAUUCUCUUCAGUAUCGGUCCAGAAUCUUGGCUCUUGUCUGGUACACUGCAGGGGAGCAAAGCAAAGCAUUGAGGGUGAUUUAGUUUACUUGCGUAGGUAGAAAAAGUGGGCAUAGAAUUGGUAAUUUGUAUACUCGAAUAGUUUUUUUUUUCUUUUUUUCUGAAAGAUUAUAAAAAUUACUUGGGUGCCAGAAGCUAUAGAAGACAUUAACGUUGUAAAUUAUGGGCUCCCUAUUUUUUAUUUAUUAAAAUUCAAGCAAAAGUACAUCAAUUUUUUUUUUCUUAAAUUCAAAGAAAAGAUCUAAAACAAGUGUCUUUUGCUUGAUUUUUGAGAUAAGAUCUCAACCAA